GCCGGCCCCGCCGCCGCCGCCAACCCGCUCCGCGCGCCCGGGCCCCGCCGGCGCCAUGGACCGAGGCCGGGUGCUGGAACAGCUGCUCCCUGAGCUCACGGGGCUGCUCAGCCUCCUGGACCAUGAGUACCUCAGCGACACUGCCCUGGAGAAGAAGAUGGCUGUGGCCUCCAUCCUGCAGAGCCUGCAGCCCCUCCCAGCCAAAGAAGUCUCCUACCUGUAUGUGAACACUGCGGACCUCCACUCCGGGCCCAGCUUCGUGGAGUCCCUCUUUGAAGAGUUCGACUGUGACCUGAGCGACCUCCGGGACAUGCCAGAGGAUGACGGGGAGCCCUGCAAAGGAGCCAGCCCUGAGCCAGCCAAGAGCCCGCCUCUGAGACAUGCUGCCGAUCUACCUCCACCGCUUCCCCAAAGGCCCCCACCCGAGGACUACUAUGAAGAGGCCCUUCCCCUAGGACCCGGCAAGUCCCCCGAGUACAUCAGCUCCCACAGUGCCGCUCCUUCUGCCAACCCCACAGACGGCUGCAGCCCAGCCCAUUCCAUCAUGGAUGGCUACUACGAGGAUGCAGACAGCAGCUACCCCGCCACCAGGAUGAAUGGGGAGCUAAAGAACUCCUACAAUGACUCUGACCCAAUGAGCAGCUCCUACGAGUCCUACGAUGAGGAGGAGGAGGAAGGGAAAGGGCCACAGCCCACGCACCAGUGGCCCUCGGAGGAGGCCUCCAUGCACCUGGUGAGGGACUGCAGGAUAUGUGCCUUCCUGCUGCGGAAAAAGCGCUUCGGGCAGUGGGCCAAGCAGCUGACGGUCAUCAAGGAGGACCAGCUCCUGUGUUACAAAAGCUCCAAGGACCGGCAGCCGCAUCUGAGGCUGGCGCUGGAUGUCUGCAGCGUCACCUACAUGCCCAAGGACAGCCGCCACAAGAGGCAUGAGCUCCGCUUCUCCCAGGGGGCUACCGAGGUCUUGGUGCUGGCACUGCAGAGCCGGGAGCAAGCCGAGGAGUGGCUGAAGGUCAUCCGAGAGGUGAGCAAGGCUGCCGGGGUGACAGAGGGGGCAGAUGUGCCCAGGUCCCCAGUCCUCCUCUGCAAGCUGGACCUAGACAAGAGACUGUCCCAGGAGAAGCAGACCUCAGACUCGGACAGCCCGGGCAUGGGUGAUAGCUGUUCUACUCUAGGCCGCCGGGAGGCCUGCGACCACGGUAAAGGGAAGAAGAGCAGCUUGGCAGAGCUGAAGGGUUCAGUGAGCAGGGCCGCAGGCCGCAAGAUCACCCGCAUCAUCAGCUUCUCCAAGAAGAAGCCGCUGGCUGAUGACCUGCAAACAUCCUGCCCCGAUGAGGAGGUUCCGUGCUGCGGCUAUCUGAACGUGCUGGUGAACCAAGGCUGGAAGGAGCGCUGGUGCCGCCUGAAAUGCAACACUCUGUAUUUCCACAAGGAUCACACGGACCUGCGGACCCACGUGAAUGCCAUUGCUCUCCGUGGCUGUGAGGUGGCCCCGGGCUUUGGGCCCAGACAUCCAUUUGCCUUCAGGAUCCUGCGCAACAGGCAGGAGGUUGCCAUCCUGGAGGCAAACUGCUCAGAGGACAUGGGCCGCUGGCUUGGGCUGUUGCUGGUGGAGAUGGGCUCCAGAGUCACUCCCGAGGCGCUGCACUAUGACUACGUGGACGUGGAGACCUUGACCAGCAUUGUCAGUGCGGGGCGCAACUCCUUCCUAUAUGCAAGAUCCUGCCAGGAUCAGUGGCCUGAGCCCCGUGUCUACGAUGAUGUUCCUUAUGAAAAGAUACAGGACGAGGAGCCCAAGCGACCUGCUGGGGCCCAGGUGAAACGCCAUGCCUCCUCCUGCAGUGAGAAGUCCCAUCGAGUGGAUCCACAGGUCAAAGUCAAGCGCCAUGCCUCCAGUGCCAAUCAGUACAAGUACGGUAAGAACCGAGCUGAGGAAGAUGCCCGAAGGUACCUGGUUGAAAAAGAAAGGCUGGAAAAAGAGAAGGAGACAAUCCGGACGGAGCUGAUGGCCCUAAGGCAGGAGAAGAGGGAGCUGAAGGAAGCCAUUCGGAACAACCCAGGAGCCAAGUUAAAGGUUCUGGAGGAAGCCGUGGCCUCCCUGGAAGCUCAGUGUCGGGCCAAGGAGGAGCGCCGGAUUGACCUGGAGCUGCGGCUGGUGGCUGUGAAGGAGCGCUUGCAGCAGUCCCUGGCUGGGGGCCCGGCGCUGGGGCUCUCCGUGAGCAGCAAGAACAAGAGUGGGGAAACUGCAAAUAAGCCCCAGAACAAUGCCGCAGAGCAGCCUCUCCCUGUCAACUGUACUUCGGAGCUGAGGAAGAGAAGCCCAUCCAUCGUAACCUCCAACCAAGGAAGGGUGCUACAGAAAGCCAAGGAAUGGGAAAUGAAGAAGACCUAGAAAAAGGAUGAAGAUUUCAUUCUGAAGGAAACACAAGAUUGUAUUGAAAACACUUUUUUUCACAAGGAGAUGCCAGAAGACUGGAAGUAGCCCCCACUCUCCAGAGCACCCAAAAGACCAGCCUUUAUUGUCUGCAUGAUUAUAGGGGAUAUGGGGAGGGAAGAAAGAAGUGGAAGGGAAGGGGGAAAUAGAGAGUGUCCUCAUAACUUCACAGAGGGUGGGAAACGGGGGUGGAGGGAGACAGAAAUCUGUGCGGUUGUAAAGGUUUUGUUAAAUGUCUUUACCUUCACUUGUGAAGAAGAAAUGAAAGCACACAUGAAUGAGCCAAUCCAAACCAUUCUAGCAUCCUACUCCCAGACUUUGGGGCAAAGACGACAGCACUGAAGCAUUGGUAGGUAGUACAAGACAAAGAGAUAAGACUCAAUCAUCUGAUCACACUUGUGCCAAUUGGAUUCGUAUUGGGCAUUACUGACAACCCCGGUACAACAUAAACAGACCGAAAAAUCAAUAGAAUCUCCCUGCCUGCAUAAAGGUGGACAAAAGCUAUAGACAACACCCAAAUUCUGCCAUCAUUCCUUAUGUGCUCCAGAACUGGACCAAUUUGGCUACUAGAAUCCCGCAGUUGAGUUGUUUUCAAAUUAGAGAGCUGAUACACAGUAAGCAAGGGGAAGUUCAGCAGCAGACUUACUUUCAGCUCACUUUAAGUGAUAGUGAUAGGAACAUGGAUUUCUAAUGUCCACAGAAUGUUGCAGGUACCGUAGGGUGGGGUCAUUUGUGGUCAGUCAGUCCUUUACCCAUUUCCUAUGACACUCAGGCUCUAGGAGCUAGGGCUAGAAAUCCAAGUGACAUUCUUUAAAUCUUUAUCCUGAUUUUUGCACUUGAAGGCUCUCCAGUCUGCCCUUCCGUAUCUGCUGUCAAGUAAAAAUAUCAGGGACACUCAAAUGACAGUGGCUCUUUUCUGCUGUGAGUGCCUUUGACUAACACCUGAUACUUUUAUAGGGAAGCAAGGACUUCAAGUCUUGGGCAGUCUCCUUACUGUUCAACUAACUACUUUCUAAACAGUGUAGGCACUUUUUAGGUCUUUACAUUUCCUUCCAAAAAAAGAUAAAACCAGUUAACCGUUAAGAGCUCAAAGGUUAGGGCCAAGAGAGAAAGAAAAUCCCAGAAUAACCUUUGGACACUUUGCUGGAGGCUUCAUAUACUUUACCCUACCUAGGGCUUUACAUACUUUGGAGUUAUCUGAACUUUACCCCACUUUGAGGUAGCUGGAGAACAGAGCAGGGAAAAUAACCUGAUCAAAAUCACCUAGCUGGUCAGUGGCAGAGCAUAAGGUUUAGGGCCUAUGAGCCUAUAUCCAGACAGGGUUGGGUUUGAGCCCUGCCUCUGCCACUGACCAGCUGGUGAGUCUGGGAAAGUCACUUGACCUCUCUGGUUUUCGUUUUCUUUAUCUGAGAAACCUAGGUUAACAGUUCUAUUUUCCUCCCAAGACUAUUAGGUACAUGGGAAACAUCUUGCACACUGUCUUGAGAAAGAAAAGCUCAGUCAAUAGUGGCUCUUAUUAUUAGCUAGAUAAGAAAUGUCUGACUAAAAAUCCUGUGUUCUUUCCACUGAAGAAAUUAUGUUUAUAUGGUAAUCACAGCCAUCAUAAAGCUAAACAGCAACUAAUCCAUAACUGACAGGUUUUCAUCCAGAUUCCACUUAAAGCAUCUUUGGUAAAAAAGGGACUCACAAAAUCUGGAUUGUUAGUAUUCUUUUUUAGAAUGUGGAUUCUGGAAUGAUACCCAACACUCCGAUUAUGUCCUCAGUGUUUUCUUUCUCAGGCAAUUAUUAUGGGAUUGAACAUCUUUCCCCACCGAUAGAUCUUGGGGGUCCUUGAGAGGAGGAACACUAGAGAAUUAAUAAUAAACAUUUGAGCACUCCAUGCAUCAGGUACUGUGUUAGCCAAAGUGCAGGUAUGCAACCUGUGCGGUCACAAAUAUUAGUAGAGCCCUGGCCUUGGUUUAAUGUUCUGCUGUUGCCCUCUUAAUAAUUUUUGAACAAGGGGUGUCACGUUUUCCUUUUACCCUUUAAAUUACAUAGCCAGUCCUGGUACUAACUAAUGACUUUUCCAAGCAUUAACCCUUUCAUUUUCACUAAAACUCCGUGAGAUAGGUUACAUUAUCUCAGUUUUCAGUUUGGGAAACUGGAGCCCAGAGUUAGGAAGGGGUAGAGCGAGCAGCCCUUCCUCUUAGUUCCAAGGUUCUAUUUCAUCCAUGUCUUACCCUACUCCCCCUGCACUGCAGCAUUCAGAAGCACACUAGCACUUAAUAGAUGAAUGAAUGGAUGAACGCAUGUAGCACAUUUGGUGUAAGUUAGUCAGCUAAGAGAUGUGUAACAAAAUGGCUAAAGCAUAGAUGCCAUUCCUCAUUGUUAAAAAGCCUUUUUUUUUUUUUCUCCAAGGUAUAGGCUCAUGGCUGUAGGGUGGAUUUGAAGCUCCAUCCUUCCCAACACUGCCAAGUGUUGGGGCUAUCAGAUUUCUAGUGUCCCCGAAUCCUCAGUGGGGGACCCCGAGCAGGCUUACCAACCUCUCUGAGCCUCACUUUUCUCAAAUGUAAAAGGGGGAUCAUAAUCCUUCCUUAACCCAUGUUUGCAAAAAAACAAACAAACAAAAAAAAAAACCCAUGUUUGCCCUGCUCCUGAGGCCAAAAGGAAAACAUCAGGUGUUGGUUACAUUGCAUCUGGGCUUGGCCACGGACAGAAUAUAAAGAUGCAGAAGUCUCCAGUUCCGUCCUCAGGGAACUCACAAGACGAGCAGAGAGAAAAAUCUGACCCAAAGAGCUACAGUACAAGUAAGCCGUGUUAUGGUGAAGAUUUAGAAUGAUGAGGGCACACUUCUCAUUCCUUAAAUAAUUUUUUUGGACCUUAGGGACUGUCCAGUAACUAGUGUGGCAACUCCCAAGUGCCCUCAACCCCGAUCACCAGUCUAUCCUAACUUCCUGACACUUUUUCGUACUAAAUCUCUCUACAAUGCAUUCACGUCCUCCUGUCUCCACGGACACUGACCAUUUGAUUCAUUCAACAAAUACUGGUUGAGAACCUACUAUGUACACUGGACGUCAGAAACCACUCACGGCUCUGAACCAGACCGACAGGCUUCUGCUGAAACUCUAGUUGGGAGAACAAAAAACAAAACAGAAUGUGGAACCAGAAAUGAGCUGGACACACACCUGAAAGAGUAGCUGCUUUAGGUAGGGCGUUACAAAGGCCUCUUGCGGGGUCUCCAGCACAGAACAGAGCCCCCCACCCCCAGCCCUGCACGAACUACAACCGCUGGUCUCCCUACCUCUUUGCUUAGACCCCAGCAAUCUCCAUCACACAGGAGUCAAAGCGACCUGUUAAACACGUAAAGGUCAAUCAGAGUUAAGGCUCCAGCUCCUUCGACACAACAUUUUCGGACUAAAGUCACCGAUCCACCGUUCCCUGGCAAUAGAGCCAACCCAUCUCUGCCCUGACGGAGCUCACAUUCUAGUAAACGGAAACGAGAAAAUACUCCACAUUUUAAAACACAGCCAAGUCAGAAAACAAGGAAACUGGGGGGGGGGGGGACGACACAACAACAAGUAAGAGUGACGGCGGAGUCGGGCUUCAAUUUUUGUCUUAAACCGGUCGC